ACGGAUGCUCGCAGAGUCACGUGAGAGAGAUUCCGGGAGGAGUGCACAUGCGUAUUCCAGCUCUGGGCUCUGUCUCCUCAGUGCUAGGGAAGCUUGCAGAGUCCGUGAGAGAGGGUGGGCAGGAAUGCCCACCGGCGUGUCAGUCGUGGGGUGAGGAUCGCAGUGCACAGGCGCAACACAGUUGGCUUCCCCUUCCCCCUCUUCACUAUAGAUUCCGGGGCCUCAGCUCUACUGGAAGGAGAAGGUGGUGUAGGAUCUCCCCCCAAGGAAGGGAGUCCAACCCAGGAGAGUAUCGCUGCUCUGCAACCUUUCAUCCAACUCCAGGGCAGUAGUGAAGCCAUUUCCUUCUCCCAGCUGGGCAGAAAGGACGUGAGUGAAGUCAGAGCAAUGAGAAAACAAAAAGGAUGGUCAAGCAUGGGAGACGUGACCCUGACACGUCAGGAGAAGGAUAUAGCUCUUCCCUCAGUUAGCAACAUAGAAGAGAAGGAAGGAGGGACUUCUGGAGUCCUAACUGCCAGGUUUCAGGAAUCUCUGACAUUCAAGGAUGUGGCUGUGGAGUUCACCUUGGAAGAGUGGAGACACCUGGAUCCUGCCCAGAGGGCCCUGCACAGGAAUGUGAUGUUGGAGAACUAUGAAAACCUGGUCUCCAUAGGGAUUCCCGUUUCCAAACUAGAUUUGCUCUUCCUGUUGAAGAGAGAAGAUGUACAGAAUGAAGAGGGAGAAGCUGGGACAGGAACUUCUACAGAAAGAAAGAUCAGACUUGAAAUGAAAGAGAUGACUGCAGAUUUAAGCCUUUCUGGGGAAGAAACUCAGAAGCAAAGAUGCAUUGGUGAUGGUGCCAUUGAUUCCAUUUGGAGGGAAAACUUUGAUGUACAUCAGAAAAUCCAUACUGGAGGGAAGCCUUACGAAUGUAAUCAGUGUGGUAAAACAUUUGCAAAGAGAGCUUAUCUUACUAAACAUCAGAGAAUCCACAAUGGAGAGAAACCUUUUAAAUGUAAUCAGUGUGGAAAGGCUUUUAUAUGGAAGAGCAGUUUUACUGAACAUCAGAGAAUCCACACUGGAGAGAAACCUUUUGAAUGUAAUCAGUGUGGAAAGGCUUUCAGAGGGAUUCCCAUUUCCAAACUAGAUUUGCUCUUCCUGUUGAAGAGAGAAGAUGUACAGAAUCAAGAGGGAGAAGCUGGGACAGGCACUGGUAUAGAAGGAAAGAUCAGACUUGAAAUGAAAGAGAUGACUGCAGAGCUAAGCCUGUCUGGGGAAGAAACUCAGAGGCAAAGAUGCAUUGGUGAUGGUGCCUGUGAUUCCACUUGGAGAGAAAACUUGGAUGUACAUCAGAAAAUCCACACUGGAGAGAAAUCUUAUGACUGUUACCGGCUUAGUAAAGUCCUCAGUCAAAAGUCAACCCUUAUUUUCCCUCAGGCACUGCCAAGUCAGUAAUCAACAGUCCUUGGGGGCAGCUGUGUGGACCCCAGCCAUACCUUUGGGAGCUUUUGCUCUACUGAUGACCCUGGGGUCACCUGCUAACUAAAGGAAGACUGCAGGACCCUCCACUUGCCCUGGACGUGGGGCUUCAGCACAUUGAUCAGACAUGGUCCCAGGCUGUGCCUAAUGAUGGAGGAGCACAUGAAUAAGAGCAAUGGCUUUGUCUCACUUGGAAGUAAUCCAAGGCUAAGAUUCGCAUAAUUCAAGCUGAAUCCCUUUCCUUUUCCCGAUGGAAUCAUGAGUAUGAUUAGUACUUCAAUUUAGGAAGAUGAGAAAUAGAGACUGCUUGGUGUCUCUUGGCAUGAGACUUCAGGGGCCUAGAAAGGAGCCUCCAUGAUCUUCAGUGUUAGGUCUAGUCCUUUAAAUCAAGAAAAAGAGAGUCACAUACUGAAGCCAGAGCAUGCAAUGACUAAUAGGAUAGACGUCAGAAUGCAGAAUGGAGAUUGAGAUUGGGCCAGGUGUCAGCCCUGGCCUAGUCUGUUAGUCAGUAAACGUUAAUGAAGCACCUACUAUGUUCUAGCCUCUGAGGACACAAAGGGAAACAAAAGACAGUCCCUGUUGUCAGAGCUCAGAAUCUAGUAUACAAACAUAGUGAUAGUCAAGAAGCAGUAAAAGAUCAUGAACCUGACUGUUAAAUGAUCCAGGGAAAAGAAGGUGUUUUCUGAAUGGAAAUCCAUUUAGUUAAACAGGGAAAUGAGUGAAUAGAGGUAUGAGAACAAUUACAGUUUAAGAAGGGCAAAAUUGGGGAGCAAAGAGUAAAAAUCAAAAUCAUAAUAAAAAAAGUAAUAUCUAGCAGUUAAAUAGCACCUACUGUGUGCAGGGCAUUUCAUCAAUAUUAGCUCAUUUGGUUCUCAUAAGAACCAUAAGGGUUAAGUGUAAUAAUUAUUUUCAUUUUACAAGUGAAGCAAAUGGAAUGAGCAGAGGACUUAUGACUUGCCUAGGGUCAUAGUACUAGCGAAUGUCUGGGAUUGGUAUGCUUCUAUCCAGUGUACCAAAAAGUAAAAAUGCUCAUAUAUGAGUGAGGUUGAAAAUGAGAGAAGUUUACAAACUUUCUUGCUGAGGGAUGAAUAUGCCUUUUUUUUGUUUGUUUUUAGCUCCUUAGCCAAUCAGCAAAAUGAAUGGCAAUUUACCGUUUAAAAUUCUUCUUACUUUCUCCAUUGUGCCACUUAACUGCGCAAUUGGAAUUGGUUGAUAAGAGCUGUAGCCAUCGUUUCAGUAGCCAUGAAUGUAGCUGAAGCAAACACUAUGGAAGCAUUUAGAGUUUGAUCAGACAUCAACAACUCCAAGAUAAUUCACCGUGUCUGCAGGCAUUGCAAGUCAUCUUGUCUUUUGCAGCAUGAGAAAUAUGGAAAUCAGUUUUAGAUGACUGCACAUGUAUAACCUAUAUCAGAUUGCUUGCCUUCUCAAGGAGCAGGGUGAGAAAGUAGGAAGGGAGAGAAUUUGAAACUCACAAUUUUUAAAAAAUGCUGGGUCACCAGAGUCAAGAUAGCAGACAGAAAUCAGGGAUUUACCUCAGGUUUCUCAAAUUCUCCUCGAUAUGACUUUAAAAUAACGUCUCAACUUUGUGGAACAGAAGAACUCCAAAAAGGAUGCGGUAAAGAAUUUUUCUGCCUAGAAACUUUAGAAGGCCAUCAGGAAAGGUCACUCCCACCAUGGUGAAAGUGGAGCAAAGUCCAGCACAGGCUAUACCCUAACAGAAUAAUAGCAAGGCCAUGCCUUACUCUGUCAGCAGCAAAGCCAUGUGCCCUGACCCAUCAGCAGCAGGCCCUUAAGGGAACUGAAUUGGCAGAAGCUACUUCUGGAGCUCUUAGUCCACAGACAGUAAGGGGCAGGGGGCGGUCAGACAAUUUAACAGGAGAUCAGAGGUCCUUUUUCUAGCAUUCUGUGCAGGAGUUUGUUUCAUAGCCCAUGUGUGGGUUCUAGUUUCAGGCCUGGUGGCCGUCCCAAUGUAAGAACCUCCAUUAGCGACAAGCACUAGAAGUAAUAGAAUUUGCACCCAUGAUGGAUUUGGGAUCCUGAUCACAGUUCCAAAAUGUAAAAUAAAAGGCUGGUUAUUCACAGGCCAGAGUAUAAGCCAAGAGAGUAGUGAACAUAUUUCUUUGUAUAUCAUCACCUUGGAAGAAGUGAAAAUGUAUAGAACCACUCCACCCCAUUCCAGCACCACCUCUGAGAGCACUUACAUUUCAAAACUAAACACCAGGCUUCAAACAAUGCCUCCUCUACCCCAGGAGCAGACUUCAAAUAUAGCAUAAAAGUCAAGAAAUAGGCUACAAAAAUGAGCAAACAAUUUUUAAAAAGCACUUCACCAUAAAAAGUUACUGUGGUGAUAAGAAGAUCAAAACAAACUGAAAAUGGCAAAGUUUCAAAGAAAAAUAUGAAUUGAUUUCAGGAACCAAAAAAAAUUCUGGAACUCCAAAAAGGAUUUUAAAAACCAAAUAAGCGAAAUAGAGGGAAAUUGAGAAAAUAAUUGAAUGAUGAAUGAAAUAAAUUUUUAAAAGGGUCCGUAGUUUGGUAAAGGAGGCACUAAAAAUACUGAAUAAAGAGAUGUGUGGGGUUUUCCUUAAUGGACUUCCCUGACCAGCAGGUUCCCACAAGGGAAGGGGCUCACCUUUGUGAUGGGACCUGAGGAGAGGUAGGAACCGAGAACCAGGGUGGAAAUGAAAGACAUGGACAAGUCAGUGGUUGGAUAGGGCAGGCAACCCCUAUGAUACUCCCUUUGAUAGGAAAGUAUGAAUACAAAGGAACACGAGGUGGAGGAGGAGAUUAAGAUAGGAAAUGCUGGCCGAGAUGGUUACAGCCUCCGGGAAGGAGAAGGUCAAGAGGAGAGAGAGACAGAGUCAUUGAGGAGCCCAGUGGAGCUCCAUGGAAGGGGAGAAAGGCCAAGAGGAAGUUCAUGGGUUUGCCUCUGAAUUUAUUCCUGUCCUGCUUGGGCGGUACUCCCAAGGAUGUAGUACCCACAUCACAAAGUAUAGACACUUAAGAUUGGGUGGCAAGGUAGAGGGAACACCUUUGGGCUUGUAGAUUGCAAACCGCGCUUUCCCGGGGAAUUAAGUCUUAGCAUGUUAAUGAGUUUGUCUUAGCUAUGGGCCGCAUGGCCAGUUCAAGGUUACAUUCACAAACCUCAUUGAUAUAACCUUAUGCUUGGAGACACAGUCACCAUACAGUCAUUUAUAUUUCAUAGAUGUGAAUAUGCUUGGGAUGCUACAAGAUGUUAAAAAACAAUAGACCUAAUGGUGAAAAGGGCACAAAAAUCCAUUGAAAAAAGGAACUUCUUUAAAAUCAAAAUUGGCCAAAUGGAAAAAAGAUAUACAAAAAUGUACUGAAGAGAACUUCUUAAAAAGUAGAGCUAGUCAAAUGGAAAGUGGAGCUAUAAAAAUUAAAUGAAGAAAAUAAUUUCUUAGGAAUUAGAAUUGGGCAAGUGUUAGCUAAUACCUCCAUGAGAUAUUAAGAAAAAAAUUUAAAUCAAAAGAAUACAUAAAUAGAAAAAAGUGAAAUAUGUCAUUAGAAAAAUAACUGACCUGGAAUAGAUGCAGUAGAGAUAAUUGAAUGAGGGUACAACCUGAAAGCCAUGAUUUAAAAAAAGAAGAAAAAGAAAGUUCCAGGGCUCCCAGAUUAAGCAGGAAAUAUAGCAAACAAUCCUCUGGAUUGAAACAAAAUUCAAAUAUUGUAUAGCCACAGUCGUUAUACCACAAGAUUUAGCAGCUUUGAUAUUAAAUUAUUGGUUAUUUAGGAAUAUGAUAUUCCAGAGUAUAAAAGAACUAGGAUUACGACCAAGCAUCAUCCACCCAGUAAAACUGAGUACAAACAUUCAUGAGGAAAAAUGGAUGUUCAGUGAAAUAGAGGUCUUUUCAAGCAUUCUUUUUGAAAGGGACAGAGCUGAAAAGAAAAUCUGAUUUUCAAAUAUAAGUCUCAAGAUAUGCAUAAAAGGAAAAGAAAUCCUAGAGCAAUGAGUAAAUUUAAGCUGCUUACGUUACUACAUGAAAAGAUGAUAUUUGCAAUUCCUAGGAACCUUAUCAUUAUUAGGGCAGUUAGAAGGGCAUGGGUAUGAGUUUAAUAUAAUGAGUUGAAUGCAUAAAAUGAAGGGGUGAGAAGGAUGCAUUGGAAGGAGGAAGGGAGAAGUCAAAUGGCGUACUUUAUCUCACAAAAAAAGAGUCAAAGCUUUGGAAGUGGAGGGUUAGAUGGAGUUGGGGAGAAGCACUUAAAUUUUAUUGAAAUUGGUUCAAAGGGCAAACAGUAUACACACACCUAAGUAUAGAACUACACUUUACCUUGUAAGAGAAUAGGGAAAAGGGAUAAGAAAAGAGAAUGGGUUAAUUGGAAGAGGCAGUAGUCAGAAGCAAAACACUUGAGAAUGAAUUGAAUGAAAGGAGAAAAACAAGUAAGAUAAACAGGGGAAAAUAGGAUGGAGGAAAAUACCCAGUUAAUAAUCCUAAUGUAACAAAAAUUUACAGCAAGUUUCUCUAAAUAUGAAGAAUAUAUAUGUAUAUUUAUGGAAAUGAAAGUUAAAAUACCUUAGGUACUUUCCUUACACCUAUCUGAUUGGUUAAUUUGAGAGAAAAGAAAAAUGACAAAUGGGAGAAAUGUGGGGAAAUUGAGAUGCUUAUGUAUUGUUGGUGGAACUAUGAACUGAUUCAAACAUUCAUGAGAAGAAUUUAGAAUCUUGCUCAAAAGGUUCUAAAACUAUGCAAUAUCACUACCAGGUCUGUAUCCCAAAGAUAUCUUUCUGGAAAAAAAAAAGACCUAUUUGUACAAAUCUUUCUAGCAGUUCAUUUUGUGAUGGCAGAGAAUUGGAAAUUGAGGGGAUGCCCAUCAAUUGAGAAAUGAAUGAAGUUUUGGUAUAAUGAUUAUGACAGAAUACUGUUGUGCUAUAAGAAAUGAUGAGGACAAUUUCAGAAAAAAACCUGAAAAGCCUUUCAUGAGCUGAUUCAAAGUAAAGUGAGCAGAAUAUGGAGAACAUUGAACACAGUAGUUGCAAUAUUAUUCAGUGAUCAAGUGUGGAUGAAAUAACUAUUCUUAGCAAUACAAUGAUCUGUAAUAAUUAAAAUAGUUGGUUGUCAUAAACUGUAGUGAUUAAAAUAGUUGAAGAUAUAAAUUGUAGUAGAUAUAAGAGUGGGUGAGUAAGUUGUGACCGCAGAAAAUAUGGUUUCAAGACAGUGUCUUGUUUUUAAAUCAAAUAUAAGGUGGUUGCCAGGGAAAUAUUCCCAAUUAUUAAAAUACACCCAAGAUAGCUGGGUUUUAUAGAGAUUUUAAUUAAUACAAUGAGGAAUUAAAGAGAGAAAGAGUAAGAAAGGAAUAAGUAUGAAGGGCCUUAAGCCAACAUGGCCUAGACCUGAGUCUUAAGAGAGAGAGAUCAGUCAGUCCUUAAUCACUCACCACAAGAUCUGUCCAAGCAAGAAUAUAGACACCAUUUCAGCCAGCCAUCCUUCUCCAGAGAGGGAUUCUUCUGACUGUCUCAAGAGACUGCCUUCCAGAGACUGUUGUUCAACAGACUCUCUUCAGAGCCUCCUUAGAGACUCUUUUUUCUUAGGAGACUCUCAUCUCCUUAUAAAGGGAAUUUUCUCCUAUGUCACCUCCCCUAAAUUGUUACAUCUACCAAUCAGAGUAGAUGGUUUUCAAAGGACAGACCAUUCUUAGUCCACACCUAAGAAGGUGUGGAUUUUUUGAGUAAUUCACACCAGGAAAGCUCUGAGUAAGUUUCUUACCUUUUUGUUCCUUGUAAAUUCACAAGUUGCUUGACCUUUAUAGGUACUUAGCACCCUUUUGUAUUAGUCCUAAAAUAGGCAUGGCUUAAAGAACUUUUUGUCUUACUAUAAGUAUGGGUUUAAGUACUUUUCAUUGUUCAGCAAAGAGUUUACAACUUUAUCUUCCCCUAGGGCAAACUUAACUAGGGGUGGAGUAGCGGUCUUACAUUCCUGAUCUAAGUAGAAUUCUCACAUUCCUGAUCUAAGUACCUUCACUGCCCAAAUGGAGAAUGGUCCCAAUGGGGAAUGCUCUUAACCCAACCUUAUGAAGUAUGGUCUGGGAAUUUUUUUUAAGGUUUACAAUCCUAACCUUAUGAAGUAGGGUCUGAGAAUUUUUAAGGUUCACAGAUCCAAGACAAUUCUGAAGGACCCUGGAUAAAAAUGCUACUUCCAAAAAAAACUGAUGGAGUCUGAAUGCAGAUCAAAGUCUUCCUUGAUUAGAUUUGCUUUUUUCGGGUCUUGAUAUGCAGAGGGGAAAAGAAUGCCUCAAAUUCUCUUGAACUGGAGACUCAAAUCAUGUUACUUCAAGAAGCAUUUCUCAAUCAGUUCUCAUUUGUAAAACACCUACUAAGGGCCAGACAGUAGACUAAGUGCUAAGGAUUAAAAAAAAAAAAGAUGAAAUGAUAACUCCCUGGAGGAGCUUGCAUUCUAAUGGUUUAAGUGAACAAGCAUUUAUUAAACAUUUCGACACCAAGAAAUACUAGGCUCUGGAGAUACCAGGCAUUGAUUAAAAACAAAAACCGGAAACAACUUGCAAAUACUAAGUUCCCUUAUAUCCCAGCAUGCCCACAUGUGCAUUUCCAUUUCUACUAUUGAGGUCUUAGAUCUCAGAAAAGCUUAUUACGUCCUGCAGCAGAUGUGAGAUCCAAAAUAGGGGGCCUAUGGAAGAGCCCCUAGAAGUUUUACUUUUAUAAACUUGAAACAUAGGAAUGAGGAAACAAUGGCUGAGGCACUUCCCAGAUACAGCUCAUAUGCUGCUAAAAGGUCUAGCUCAGAAAUUUCCUUAUUUCAAUUUGUGGAGCUCCUGAAAGGCUUCUGGGGUCAACAUGAGUUGUAGGUGCUGAUUAAGCAACAAAUCUGGACCCAGAGCCAUAAACAAGUCCAGUCUCGAAGCUACACAGGACAAGAGAGUUUCCAACAAAGCAAUCUGGUUUUCCCACAGGUUCUAAAUAUGCUUCAAGGAGAAGAUGUCCACAAAGGCAUUCCAAACGUCAACAGCAUCAUUGUAGAGUCAGGCUGGCUCCAGAGCUCCCUCCUGAAUUUCACAGGUUGGGUUUUCCAUAUGAUAUCUCAGAAAUGAGGCAAGUCUAAGCAGGGGCUUUCUAAAGGUAUUAGAAACAGAGCCAAGCUUCAAUCUUCCCACUGUAACAUUUUAAAGAGUGGGAGCCAUAAACUGUAAGAGUUAAAAUGGUUGAGGUCAUAAAUUGUAGUGAUUAAAAUAGUGGAAGACUGAAAUUGUAGUAGAUAAAAGAGUGGGUGAGUAAAUUGGUGACCACAGUAAAUAUGUUUUCACUACAGUGUUCUGAAAUCAAAUAUAAGGUGGUUGCCAGGGAAAUAUUCCCAAUUAUUCAAAUAUACCCAAGUCAGCUGGGUUUUAUAGAAAUUUCAAUUAAUAAUACAAUGAGGAAUUAAAGAAAGAGAGAAUAAGAAAAGAAUAAGUACCGAAAGACCUAGACAUGAGUCUUAAGAGAGAGAUCAGUCAGUCUUUAAUCACUCACCACAAGAUUUGUCUAAGCAAGGAUUUUAGUGUUCAGAGACACCAGGCCAGCUCCAUCUCAGCUGACUCCAGGAGCUCAAUCUUGAAUCUGAAUCUCUCUGAAUGUCUCUGAGCUCCUAUUUAAAGGGCAUUUUCUCCUAUGUCACCUCCCCUAAGUCCUUAUAUCUACCAAUCACAGUAGACGUUUUUCAAAGGAGACCAUUCUUAGUUCACACCUGAGUAGACUAAUCUUUUGAGUAAUUCACACCAGGAAAGCUCUGAGUAAAUUUCCACCUCUUUGCUCCUUGUAAGUUCACAAGGUGCCUGACCUUCAUAGGUACUUAGCACCCCUUUGUAUUAGUUCUAAAAAUAGGCAUGGCUUAAGUAUGGGUUUAAGUACUUUUCAUUGUUCAGAAAAGAGUUUACAACUUUAUCUUCCCCUAGGGCAGACUUAAGUAGGUGAACUAGAGUCCUCACAUUCUUGAUCUAAGUAGAGUGCACUGCCCAUAUGGGGAAUGGUCUUAACCCAAUCUUAUGAAGUAGGGUCUGGGAAUUUUUAAGGUUCACACCACAGUGAUAACAUUUACAAGGUUCUUCUCCAGCAAGAGUUGUUUUCUGGUAAAAAGCAAAGGGAAUGUUGGCUCUGCCUUUUCCCCAUCAAUUAUACUUAUUGGGAAGACUACUACAAAUGAUCUCAUGUAACCUUGUGCUCUAGGCCUUUCCAUCUCCUUUCCCUUUGAGAUUUGAUUGACUGAUUUUUUUCUUCAUGCCUGAAAGGAGAUAAACAACUUUCUCCUUCCAGAUUGAAUCCUUUUGGUGACAAACCAACCAACCAAACCAGAGACAGUGAAUGGAAUCUCAUGGGCACAUCUGUUGGUGGAUGUAACCUACCCCGGGAGUCAAGUCUUCUGAUUCUCUAGGGAAGAGGGAGACCUGAGAAAACCACUGUUUGAUAAAAUUGCUCUGAGAUCUGUUUGUGUCAGUCUUCCUAUUGACACUACUGGAAUCACUGAGUAUGAAUAAUAUAGACUGUAUGUGGUUCUACUGGUUCCACCCAUUUCUUGCUAGAUGGGUACAAUGAGCAAUAAUUGGACCCCCACCCUAUUUGAAUAGCCCUCUGCCCCUCCUAAAUCAAUGAUUUUAUCCCUAGUCUAAUUGCUAAUCCAUAUAAUCCAGUUUAAAGACAUUCCAUAAGGGGACUGAUUAUUUCUUGUGUAUUAAAAGACAUUAUUGUACAUUGAGUUGGUUAAGGAUAAUCAACUAAACCCAAUAUGUAAAACAAUUCAUAAUAAUUAGAGUAGGUUAAAUAGAUCCCUUCUGAUAGUAGAUUUUCAACUUGUCAUUAACAUGUACUUGGUUGAGCACAAGAGUGUCCUAACUGAGGACCUCCAUCGAUGUGGCCUGAUGACUGUCUCCAUGGGCAAGGAAGACUCCCAGACCUCCAGCCUGGAUGAUCUGAGUACUGUAGGAUAGAAAUGUUUUAAUGGGUUGGAAGGUCCCUGCAAAAUGCAAAAUGUCCCCUAGUUAGGAGUCUGUUGCCCAACAUUUGGGUGGGAUUCUGCCUGCUCUGUACUUAUAUUUGUAAGCCCAUUACUCAACAAUGCAGGUGGAGUUCUACUAGCCCUUUACUCUGUGAACCCCAAAGUGACUGUGGGACCCCCAAGGAGAUUCUGUACUAUCCCAUCUGGACUGUCUGGGACAUAAGGAUUAUAAAACUUGACUCUGAGCAUGAGGCAAUCUCAGAUAGUGGCCAGGUCCCUUUAGUAUAGUGGUAGUCUCUCCGUGAUCGAGUAUGACUAUUGUCUUUGUGCAUUAUCAUCUAUUGACGUACCCUCAUGUGGCUUUGGAGUCCAAAGACUGAGGCGCAGAGUGUGUGGCACAUGGGGCAUCAGACUAAUCAACUAAUCCCAAUAUGUAACACAAUUCAGAAUAACUAAGUGGGCAAGGAAGACUCCCAGACCUCCAGCCUGGAUGGUCUGAGUACUGUAGGAUAGAAAUGUUCUAAUGGGUUGGAAGGUCCCUGCAAAAUGUAAAAUGUCUCCUAGUUAGGAGUCUGUUGCCCAACAUUUGGGUGGGAUUCUGCCUGCUCUGUACUUACAUUUGUAAGCCCAUUACUCAACAAUAGAGGUGGAAAUCUACUAGCCCUUUACUUUGUGAACCCUAAAGUGACUGUGGGACCCCCAAGGAGAUUCUGUACUUUGUACUGUCCCAUCUGAACUGUCUGAUGAGACUUCAGGAUUAGAAAACUUGACUCUGAGCAUGAGGCAGUCUCAGAUAGUGGCCAGGUCCCUUUAAUAAAUAGUAAUUGGCUCAGAGCUCUGCCUCAGUGACUUUAUAGUUUAGAUCAUUUCUGGCAUUACAUUAUGCUUACCCCAGAUGGGAUGAUGAGGUGUGGACCUUCCCUAGAUGCUCCAUCCCACUCCUCAUGGUACUAUUCCCCCUUUAAAAAAUAGGAAGCUAGUACCUGGAUGAAUUUUCACCAUUGGCUCACCCACCAACAACGACUUGGGUUGGUGGGACUCUCUACUGUUCCUACCCAAAUUCUCCAAGCUUAAGAUAUCUCCCCAUGGCUACAGAUUGGUGAGUUUACCUGAAAUCACCCUCCCACAACACCCCACAAACUUAAAGGGGUAAAAGGAGAUCCCAAUUGUAUUGAAAGUGACUAUUUGGGUUUAUGACUAAAUUAUGUGAAUUAACCAGCACUUAUGUAAAUUCCUUGAAUUAUUUGGCCAUAUUUUCAUCUUUUAAAGCCUAGGUUGAUUGUUUUUGUCCUUUCAUCUUAUCGGAGCUAGGGAGGUAUAACAGAAUCACGGCUACUGCCACUUUUUCAUCCUCAAGCCAGGAAAACAAACAAACAAAGAAACAUUGAAAGUUUCAGAUAGAUUUUGUACUUGCUCGUGGUCGGGGAUGGAAGUUUAUUUUUAAAGGAUAUAUACAUUUUAUCGAUUAUAAUAUGAAUAAAGUCAUUUUCAGUGACAUUAGUGUUUCUGCUUAAGAUAUGAAAGCCCUGAUUGGCUCAUCUGAGGUCCCCAAUGGCCUAUUUCAGAAAUUUGAAAUUGGAGAACUUUCUAAAAUAGGUCCCUGAAUCUUAAGAGUAUUCAUUAUAAGCCAGGACUGCAUAAUGAUGCACUCAGUACCUCCAGGGUUAGUCCACCAUCCUUCUAGUUCGAGAGAGGGAAUAGCAUAGGGGUACAAUCUUCAGAAGAGGAACCUCUGAGACAUUUAGUCCUCAUGUAGCAUACCAGGCAUCUUAGCAUCUGGGAAGUAUGAUUGAUAUAUUGAUAUGGUAUUACCAGACAUAUGGUCAGACCUCUUGAUGUUCAUCGUAUGGAAAGAGACAGGCUGAAGCACUAGCAUAGGACGGGCAAAUUCAUGAGCUGGGCCACGCUGCCUCUGCUCGGACUACAUUCAUUUGCUAAGUGCGGGUUGGAUUAAUCUCCGCCUCUCUGAUCUUGUCAUUGUCAAUUCAACCAGUGUUAAAACCCAUGUCAUGUUACAUAUAUGUUGACCUCCUAACCCACAUUCCUAAAACCUUCAAUAAAGGCUGUGGAACAAGCGCAGAAUCUCUCUGUUCCCUCCUCUCUCAGUCUUACUCACUCUCUCUCUCUUCCCCUUCUCUCCUCUUACUUCUCCUUCUUCACUGUAUCGCUUUUCUAGCAACAUGAUCACCCCAAGUGCUUCCUACUCAUGCUCAGACUGUCUUGUCUAUAGGAGGCACCAAGGAGUUGUGACUCCCUCCUUUUCUAGCGAUGCUGUCGGCCCCAAAGCUUCCUAUUAAGGCUCAGACUCUCUUGUCUACGGGAGUGUCAAGGAGUUGGUACUCCCCUAUAUAUAAUAUAUCUAAUAGUUGGUACUCCCCACCUAUUCUCAUUCCUCAUAUUUCCUCGGAGUUCGCGUUCCUCCCCAUGUGUUUCAGCUUUUGCCUUUGAGUCAUUACUCUUCUCCCGUUUCCUUAACCUCCUCUCUCCACCUCAGGUUAUUACCCACAGAUAAAUAAUAUAGGCUCCCGUGGGGGGUCUCUAUACCUCAGAAGCAGAGCCUUUGGGUAUCCAGCUGUCUCAGAAAAAGAUCUGAAGUUGCCCUCUCCUGGGUAGGGAUGCCCAUAGUGUGGAGGGUGCUAGGAUCACAUGUUAAAGGAUUCAGAGAAAUUCUUUUGGCCACAAUUUGAACUUUGUUUCUAUUCUAUCCGUGGAAAAUGAUUGGUUUAAAUGGCUUCCAGCCUUCUUGCCCUGUUAUCCCCAGGCCUGCCAGAUGAGCAAGGCAAAAGAAUGAGAACAGCCUACAGCUCCCUAGAAGGCCUGCAUGAGUACAACUUGGCCUUACCCGAGCUGUCUAUUCUUUGGGUUAAUCCAAGUUAGCAGGUGCUUCCAAGCUUUUGUUUUCAGUGUGUGCUUUUUCGCUUUGGUCAGAUCACCUGGAGAGAAAUGAUUAAAUAAAGCAAAACUUUUUUUUAAACAUUAUUUUUAUUUGGUCAAUUUCAAACAUUAUUCAUUGGAUACAAAAAUCAUUUUCUUUUCCUCCCUCCCCUCCCAUAGCCGACAUGUGAUUCCACUGGGUGUCACAUGUGUCCUUCAUCCAAACCCAUUUCCAUGUUGUUGGUAUUUGCAUUAGAGUGUUCAUUUAGAGUCUACAUCCCCAAUCAUAUCCCCUCGGCCCCUGUAAUCAGGCAGUUGCCUUUCCUCAGUGUUUUUACUCCCACAGUUUGUCCUCUGCUUGUGGAUUCUGUUUUUUCUCAGGGAUCCUUGCAGAUUGUUCAGGGACAUUGCAUUGACACUAAUGGAGAAGUCUGUUAUAUUCAAUUGUGCCACAAUAUAUCAGUCUCUGUGUACAACGUUCUCCUGCUUCUGCUCCUCUCACUCUGCAUCACUUCCUGCAGUGUUCUGGUCCGGUCCCCACGGAAUUCCUCCACUUCAUUAUUCCUUUGAGCACAAUAGGAUUCCAUCACCAACAUAUACACAAUUUGUUCAGCCAUUCCCCAAUUGAAGGGCAGCCCCUGAUUUUCCAAUUUUUUGCCACCACAAAGAGCACAGCUAUGAAUAUUUUUAUACAGGUCUUUUUCCUUAUUAUCUGUUUGCGGUAUAAACUCAGCAGUGCUAUGAGUGAAUCAAAGGGCAGACAUUCUUUUAUCGCCCUUUGGGCAUAGUUCCAAAUUGCCCUCCAGAAUGGUUGGAUCAAUUCACAACUCCUCCAGCAAUGAAUUAAUGUCCCCACUUUGCCACAUCCCCUCCAGCAUUCAUUACUUUCCUUUGCUGUCAUGUUAAUCAGUCUGCUAGAUGUGAGGUGAUACCUCAAAGUUGUUUUGAUUUGCAUCUCUGAUUAUCAGAGAUUUGGAACACUUUUUCAUGUGCUUAUUUAUGGUUUUGAUUUCUUUGACUGAAAAUUGGCUGUUCAUGUCCCUUGCCCAGUUAUCAAUUGGAGAACGGCUUGAUUUUUAGUACAAUUGAUUUAGUUCUUUGUCAAUUUGGGUAAUUAAACCUUUGUCAGAGGUUUUUGUAAUGAUGAUUGUUUCCCAGUUUGUUGCUUCCCUUCUGAUUUUAGUUACUUUGGUUUUGUUUGUACAAAACCGUUUUAAUUUGAUGUAGUCAAAAUUAUUUAAUUUACAUUUUGUGACUCUUUCUAAGUCUUGCUUGGUUUUAAAAUCUUUCCCUUCCCAAAGGUCUGACAUGUAUACUAUUCUUUGUUCCCCUAAUUUACUUAUAGUUUCCUUCUUCAAGAAAAACAGGAAAAGGUAAAUAUGAAAGAGAGGGAAAAGGAGAAAAAUGUUUUUUUAAUCAAACUCUUCUUUAAGGGCUAUGAUUACAUCAAAUUAUAUAUAUUAAUAUAUGGGGAAAAUGUUAUUUGUAA